ACCGUUUUUGCUUUUAACUUUUGGAUCCAGCAAAUGCUUGAUUUUAUUGUGCGUUCUAGAAUGGAACGGUUCGGAUUGAUCUGUACUGUUUUACUUACUGCAGUUGGUUUAUUUGGCAACGCGGGCAAUGAAAGCUGCAGGAUUGAUUUUGAAUUUUACAAUAUUCGAACGAAUUGUACAUUCAAAUAUCCAACCGUUUCGUUGCGCCCGUUCGCGCUGAAUCAACCCAAAUUUACUAUUCGAGAUAAUCGCUGCGAGUGUGAGGAAUUAGCUUGUACUUGUUGCAUGGGAAUACGCAUGGAGAGGCUUAACUUCGAUCGAAAGUUUUGCUCCACUUUCACGUACGUACCGUACGAUUUCGCGAUCGAUAUGGAAGUUUUUAUGGACGAUUCGUCCAUCUACAGAAAUUCACUGUCGGCCAAAAAUCCACCACCAUUCUGCCUGCCGGUUCCUGUCCCGUACAUACCACUGAACGCAAACCUUUGCCUGAAGCUGUACGACAUUUAUACACCGCGGCAGAAUCUACAUAUGUGCCUCGACGUGGAAGCACGCGUCUGGACUAAUCCACUGCUUAUACUGCAUUUCGAAUGUAUGCGCAUGGGAGCGGACGGACUGUUGUGGUUGAAACCAACCGACGGGGACGGGUUCGGGUCUAUGCCGGAGGAACCAAUCGACGCCUACGAUGAAGUGAUGGAAGAAAGACUCAGUUCAGUUUAGCUACCAAUUGAGGGAGCAAAUGCGAUUUCCCAUCUAUUCCAAAUCAUAAUAAAGAUGAACAGUUUAGCACAGUUUUUA